AUGGCGACGCCGCCUCCCGAGGCACCCUCUGUCUUAAAGGGAGAGAAGCCUCAACUACCGCCGUCGCCAAAUGGAGAUUCUUCCUCCAUGGAUCGCACAGGGGUGGUAACCGAUUCCAAAGCGACACCACCAACCAACCGAGGCGGAGCUUUUGGACAAGACUCCAAGGGAGCGGCUGUAAAUGCUCAUUCUUCCGAUCAGCAAAAUGGAGUCGUGACAGCUACAUCCCCUCCGAAGUCGCCCGCACCUUCCGCCACAGAAAACAACACACCACAAGAUAAGCCUUCUACCAUGAACUCCGAGGUCAAACCAGGACGAGUUGAAGAUAAGUCUGAGCCGAUCAACGGUGCUGGAAUAGACGGCACUAGCCCUAAGGGCACGCCCACGUCACCCAUACGGUCUGACAGCGGAACCUUUGCGCAACCACCUAACACUACCAACGCUGUGAAGGCUGAGCUUCCUCAUCAUCCUUCCACCGGCAUGCCGCAUGCGGAUAUUACCCCAGCCGCUCCUGCUUCACAACCCUCUGUUGGAGGCGACCAGGAGAUGCGAGACGCGCCCGCGGCUUCACCUCCAAAACUCUCAAGGGAGCGUGACGAAGAGCCAAACGACGAACCGUCUGCCAAGCGUACGAAAAUUGAUACAGAAGGGCCGGCUGAUUUCAAGGUUCCGGACUUACCAACGCCAACCGCGGAACGCCGACCUGACGCUGGCAUCAAUGGCCAUAGCACAAUAACCAAGAUUCAGCACAAGUUCCUCCUCAAGUCGAUUCAAAGCCUAAAGCGCAUGCACGAUGCACGUUUCUAUAAAGAGCCUGUCGACCCCAUCAAGAUGAACAUUCCUCAUUAUCCGACAAUCAUCAAACAUCCAAUGGACCUUGGUACUGUCGAACAGAAACUGAAAAACAAUGUCUACAGAGAUCCCCAGGGUGUUGCCAAUGAUGUCCAUCUCAUGGUCCAGAACGCUGUGACAUUCAAUGGCCCUGAACAUAUCGUCAGUAUCGAGGGUGAAAAGCUCAAGGCCACAUUUCAAAAACAGAUGGUGAACUUACCCAAGCCUGACGAAAUGGAGGAGAAGAAGCCUAAGAAGGUUACCGCCAAAACUUCCGCAGCUCGUCGGGAACCCCGAACCUCCAUCGGUCAACCUGUGCCGCGCACGAGUGGUGAAUCGCCCCAGGCCACGACCUUCGCACUAGGUCCCGAAGGGUUGCCUCUUAUCCGACGGGAUUCGACUAAUGCAGAUGGCCGACCCAAGCGCUCCAUCCACCCUCCCAAACGCGAUCUUCCUUAUUCGACGAAGCCGAAAAAGAAGAAGUAUCAGUGGGAACUUAAAUUCUGCCAGGAAGUUAUGGAUGAACUAAACAAGCCUAAGCACUAUCUCUGUGCUGCCCCUUUUUAUUAUCCUGUUGACCCGGUCGCCUUGAACAUCCCGACAUACCACAGCAUUAUCAAGAAACCCAUGGAUCUUACCACUGUCCAGACCAAGCUGAAUACUGGUCAGUAUGAGAACGCCAAGGAAUUUGAGGCCGACUUGCGGCAGAUUGUCAAGAACUGCUUCAAAUUCAAUCUUAAGGGCGAUCCCACCUACGUGGCUGGUGAAAAGUUUGAAGAGGUCUUCAAUUCCAAGUGGUCACAAAAGGACCGCUAUCUGGCUGUUCAUGAACCUCACCCGGAGCAGCAUAGUGCGGAAUCAUCCUCUGACGAGAGUGAUGAAGACGAGGAGCCUAGUGACGAUGAGGAGGAAGAGGCAAUUAAUAGGUUGAAGAAGCAAAUCGCCGAGAUGUCCCAACAACUAGAGGCGAUGACCCAGAAGAAGAAGAAAACCCCGCCUAUCUCGAAGAAAUCGAAGUCCAAGAAGAAGGAUAGCAAGAAGGGCGGCGUGUCAACAAUUAUUGGCAAAAAGGACAAGAAAAGCAGCUCCAAAUCAGCUAAACCGGAGAAGCAGCGCUGGGUCACGUACCAUGAGAAACAAAUCAUCUCGAACGGCAUUAGCAGCCUUCCUGAUAAGAAGAUGCAGGAAGCGCUUAAGAUAAUUCAGAGUAACGUGCCGUCUCUCAAGGGUACGCAAGAGACCGAGAUCGAGCUCGACAUUGACGAGCUGCCCAACGAAGUCCUUUUGAUGCUACUCAAGUUUGUGAAAAAAAACGCACCUCAUAUUGUCGACGACGAGGAAGUUUCUACACCUGUCGCUCAAAAUGCCGCGCCACCAAAACCGAAGAAAAAUAAGCCCAUGAGCAAGUACGAGCAGGAAGCGCAGAUCAACAUGCUCGAAAGCAACCUGUCCCGCUUCCAAGGGGGAGGUAGUGGCCGUUCUCCCGAUCCAGUAGCUUCAGUUGAAGCAAAUGAAAGCAGUGAUGACUCGGAAGAUGACUCAGAGGAAAGUGAAGAGGAGUAG